AUGCCCCAGCGGGUGCCCCCGGCCUGGCACUCGGACAUGCCGCUGCCCGGGAAGCUGCUCCUGUCGGCGGCCGCGCUGCUGCUCCUCUCCCUGGCCUUCAGGUUUUACAGGAACCGCUCGCCUCCCCCCGGGAAAAUCCCACCGGGAGAGCAGCGGGAAAACCGGGAUGGGGAUGGGGAUCUGAGGAGGAGGAGGAGGAAGGAUGGGGGGGACAAGUGUGGGAAUGGCCCCGGGAGGCAGCACGAGGGUCUCCGGGGGGAGCAGAGCUUUGCAAGGAAUGAGGAGGAGGAGGAAGGAGAGGAGGUGAGUUCGGAGCUGAUUCCCAGCAAAGCCCCGCUCAGUCCGGCCGGGAUGGAAAGGGAGUUGGGAAGGGAACUGGGAUGGAAGUUGGGAAUUAAAUUAGAAAGUGAAGCAGGGGUUGAGCUGGGGAGUGAUCCUGGGAGCAGGACGGGAAGCGAACCGGGAAGUGAGCUGGGAAAAGAGCCGGGAAGUGAGCUGGGAAGUGAGCUGGGAAGUCAGCCAGGAAGCAAGUCGGGAAGCAGGCUGGGAAUCAAGCCGGGAAACACUCCAGGAAGAAAGCCAGGAAGCAAAUUGAUAAUGAAGCCAGUUAAUGAGUUGGGAAGUGAGCAGACAAACGAGCUGGGAAACAAGCUGGGAAAGAAAUUGGGAAUUAAGUUAGGAAUCGAGCUGGGAAAUGAACCGGGAAUUUUGCUGGGAAGCGAUCUUGGAAGCAAGGCAGGAGUCGAGGUGGGGAGGGAGCCGGGAAUGUCACUGGGGAGCGAGCUGGGCUCUCACGACCCCGGGGCCGUGGCCGCAGCCCGGGGCAGCCCGGCAGGGAGGGACGCAGCUGCUCCGAGCUCCGGGAGUUCCCCGGGGAUUCCCGACGCCCGGACAGAGGGGGAUGGAUGCGCCCAGAGCGCGGAGCGGGAUGCGGCUGGAGCACGGAGGAGCAGGGAGGGCAGCACGGGGUCAGUCCGGACCCUCAGCGUCACCUCCAGCCUGGGGCUGCUGCUGACGGCGAGCGAGGCUGGCUCGGACACCUCCUACUGCUUCUCCUCGGUGGCCAAGAUCCAGGUGGAGGAGAACUUCAUCCCGGAGAGCCGGGACAAGGACAGGGACAGCCCGCCCAGGCCUGGCCUGCGGGGCAAGGUCUACGACUACUUCGUGCAGUCCACCUCCGAGUCGGUGUCCAAGCGGACGUCCCUGCCCUUUGUCCCUGCGGGGACAUCCCAGUGUCACAGGGAGAGGGACCAGGCAGAGCCGCAGAGCUCCGGAACCCAGGGGGAGAAUCCAGCUUUGGAAAUUCUUGAUCCCGACACCACCUCAGCUCCACAUGAGGGCACGGACAACCUUCCAGAACCACUUUCUCCCGGCUGGAAAAGCAGCACCCCCCAGCUCCCACUGCCUGGCGGGGCUCCAGCUGCGGGUCCUGAGCCAUCCCAGGUGUCACUGCCCACUCAGGUGCACCUGGGGAACUGCUCCGAGGUUCUGCGCGCAGCCAAGGCUCAGCAGCUGCGGGCCCUGCAGGACGCCGCCCUCCAGGUGAUGAGCACCAACCUCCUGCAGGUGCUGCGCUCCCCGAACAUCUACCGCCGCCUCAACGCCGGCGAGCGGGAGCUGCUCCCGGCGCUCCGGAGCCAUGGGCGGCCGCACCUGGUGGUGGCCGAUGUCCCCCUGGCCGAACCCGGCCACCGCCGCGGCCGCCUCUGCUACUACGACGAGGACGGGGACCGCUGGUGCCAGCUGUGCCAACUGCCGGCCGGGGUGGCCGGGCGGGGCUGUGCCGUGUGCUCCAUGUUCAAUUACCUGUUCCUGGUGCCCGGCUGGGAGGGGACGGGCCGGGCGCGGAGCCCCUCGAGCCGCGUGCUCUGCUACGACCCUCUGAGCAACAGCUGGUGUGACAUCUGUCCCCUGCGCCAGGCACGGCCGCACUGCCAGCUGGUGGCCCUGGAUGGGCACCUCUACGCCAUUGGGGGAGAGUGCUUGGCCACCGUGGAGCGCUACGACCCCCGGCGCGACCGCUGGGCCUUCGCCGCCGCUCUGCCCAGGGACACCUUCGCUGUGGCCCACGCGGCCACCGCAUGUGACGGGGACAUUUACGUCACCGGGGGCACCCUGCGCUCGCUGCUGCUGCGCUACGACGCCCGUGGGGACAGCUGGGCCACGAGCCCGGCUGUUGGUGACAAGGACAGGACGGCUGAGCUGGUGAGCGCCCACGGGUUCCUGUACCGCUUCCAGCUGCGGCGCGGAGCCGGUGGCACCGAGGUGGCCGUGUCGCGGUGCAGCGCCAGCGCCAGGCUGUGGUAUCGCUGUGGCAGCCGCCCCCUGCCCGAGCUGGCCGGGCUGCGCUGUGCUGCUCUGGGAGGCCUCGUCCACUGCCUGGGCCGCGGUUUCCAUCUCCGCUUCCUGGCCGACCCAGUCUCGCCGCGCUUCGGGGCCAAGGAGCUGCGGCCCUUCCCGGAGCCCCACGGGAGCCUCCUGCCCGCGGUGCUGGUGCUGCCCGAAGGGGGCACAGAGACACUGCGGCCCUGA